AGAAGAAUGCGUCACUUCCGUUCUACCAACUGGCGGGACUUCUUCACAUGGUAGAAAUCUACGAGCUGGUUGUUUUCCGACGUUAAAAGUUCAUUUUUGCACUACAAGCUGCCAAAACAUGAUGGCAACAAACGGAAAAGACUCCAGAGGACUGGAAGCCGACGUUUCUUUAAACGGGAGCUGCGCGGAACCAGCUACGGUGGAUGGAGCAGCCCAGGAGGCCCAGUCCGGCUUCAGAGGAGCGGAAGGACGCCCGCGGAGGUUCACCUUCAGCCCGGAGCCCAGCAUGGAGGACAUUCGGAGGAUGCAGGCCGAGUUCACGGACGAGCGGGACUGGAAUAAGUUCCACCAGCCCCGGAACCUGCUCCUCGCUAUGGUCGGGGAGGUGGGCGAGGUGGCCGAGCUCUUUCAGUGGAAGGGGGAGGUGGCGGAGGGGCUUCCAGACUGGACCGAGUCCGACAGGGAGCAGCUGGCACACGAACUGAGCGACGUGCUGAUCUACCUGGUGGAGCUGGCAGAGAAAUGCCGCGUCGAUCUUCCCCAAGCGGUGCUCCGCAAAAUGGCGCUGAAUCGACUAAAGUAUCCAGCGAGUAAGGUGCAUGGCUCGGCCAAGAAAUACACCGAGUACAAGGACUGAGGUCUGGAGAGUCUGCUCUGGAUCAGGGGGCUGGAUGAGACCCAUGCUGCUCAGCAUCUUAUGGUUCAAAUGACAUUAUUCUGAGUCAUCAUCUAGAAAACAAGGGAUGCCUCAUUUUCUCCUCUAUUAAAGGCAGCAUUACGUUUUAUUUCCUGACACAAACAUUGCUGCCUUAAUGUCUUUAAAUUGGAGUUUUGCCUUGUGUUUUGGUAAUCUUUUUUGUACUUUUUUUUUAAACAAUGUUGUACAAAUUCUUUGAGGAGGAUAUAUGGGGAAGAAGAUAUUUCUCCCCAUUCGAUUUAUACCUACAUUUUAAGUUAUUUAGUUUUGUUUCAGUAUAAAGGUAGCAGUUUGGAUAAAACCAUCAAAGGAAGUUGAAAUCCUGAUGUGACAAUCAUUUUUUCUAUUUUCCCAUUAGACAAAACAUGUUUAUUCAGUCUGUACUGUUAUUUCUUCUGACAGUAAAAGCUACUUGGAAAAUCUG